CGGGCAUGUUGUGCUUUACGAAGUGACUGGCACAAGUUUGAUCCAAUGACUUUGACCAGGAGACUCUGUGGAUACUCCCUCUCCGCUGUAGCAACCUUGACGCUAGUGUGAAAAGCCCACGAUCACUUCUGAAGGACGGGAAGAAACACAGACACUACUCGGAACAGUUUACCAGAUUGUUUUGGUAUCAGCGUGGAAAGUCUUCUCAGUGGAGUCGGGCCAGAGAAAGCCUUUGGAAAUGUCAGGACAGAGGAAGGGAGCCGCAGCAAAGCUGCUCAAAUGUGCCUUCUGUAGGACCAACCGGGAUAAGGAGUGCGGGCAGCUGCUAGUGUCUGACAGCCAGAAGGUGGCAGCCCACCAUAAGUGCAUGCUUUUCUCCUCUGCCUUGGUCACAUCUCCCUCAGGCAGUGAAACCAUUGGAGGAUUUUCCAUUGAGGAUGUGAAAAAGGAGAUCAAGAGGGGAAACAAACUGAUGUGCUCUUCGUGUCACAGACCGGGUGCUACAAUCGGCUGUGAUGUGAAGACGUGCCGGAGGACGUAUCACUAUUAUUGUGCUGUCAAGGACAAAGCCCAGAUCAAAGAGAAUCCCUCACAAGGGAUUUACCUUGUUUACUGCCGCAAACAUCGGGACGCUUCGCAAGAUGGACUUCAAGAUGGAGAGGAAGGUGUGGCCAAUGAUUCUGACUCCUCGCCUCCACUGAGUAGAGGCCGGGGUAGGUUUGAGAAGGGGAGAGCCAAGGCUGGAUCUCGUGGCGCAUCAGAAGACACCCGCUCUGCCUCCUCGCAGGCUGCAGACGAAGAAAGUUCCUCCCAUCGGGACAGGUCACCUCUACGGGCCAGCCCAGGUGAUGGCGGCCAGCGAUGUGGCUUCUGUCAUGCAGGUGACGAAGAGAAUGAAACACGGGGCAUGCUUCAUAGUGAUAACUCUAAAAAAGUGGCUGCACACUACAAAUGCAUGCUGUUUUCAUCGGGGACGGUGCAGCUGACCACAACGUCACGGGCUGAAUUUGGGAACUUUGAUGUGAAAACGGUCAUCCAAGAAAUCAAGAGAGGGAAAAGAAUGAAAUGUACACUCUGCACCCAGUUGGGUGCUACCAUUGGGUGUGAAAUCAAGGCAUGUGUUAAGACCUACCACUAUCACUGUGGCCUGCAGGACAAAGCCAAGUACAUUGAAAACAUGGCUCGUGGCAUCUACAAACUAUAUUGUAAGAACCACAGCGGCAACGAGGAGCGGGAUGAGGAAGACGAGGAACGUGAGAACCGCAGUAGAGAGAGAGCAGCAAUUGACCGUGGGGGAACCCCAUCAAUGCAAGUGAACGGCAACUAGGUUGGCCGUUUGGAUGUGACGUGGAGUGAAUACAGAAGAAUUAAAAGACAAGGGAGUGAAAUGUUUUUAUACUUUAUCUUAGCCUACUCACAAAAUCGUGGUCCUCAAGCCUCCACGAUUUGUUCACACGGCUUCUCCCAGUAAACAGACGGGAGGCCAAAACCGCCACCAGAUGUCUUCUUCAUGAAACCCUGUUUUGAGCUUAUCACUGACUGGUGGUUCUGUGCAGAGAACUGGACUCCUGCAGGACCGUGAAGAUACUUACCUUUCUGAGACUCAGUUUACGGCCUCAGUUUCAAACAUGUAUUAUUGCAGUGAAUGAGAUCUGAUUGACUGAUCUUUUGAUUGUCACUUACCGCACAUGCUCCCACUGAUUACAUGACCCACACUUGCUGAAAUCGAUACAUUCUUGCUCUUCCUUAGCUCCUGAAGGACUCACUUUUAAGAGGGGUCUGUUUUGUUACUAGUCUAUCAAGUUGUGCAGUUUGAUUACUUUGUUUCUGUAAUCAUAUCUUAAAAAUACUCUUUUGAUGUUAGCCUUUUUUUCUUGAUAUGUAAUAUUUUGCUACUGUAUUAUCAUCAUGAGUAAUUUUGAAUAUCUGGAUUCAGACGGUCACAGUAACAAGUUUUGCCAGCAUGCACUUGUACUUUUCCACUGUUAAAGGUGGCUUUUUUAUUUAGCUGCUAAAGGGCAAAGUAGAGCUCUUUGGAAAAGUUGGCUUGACUUUGUUUGAUGUACUGUUACUUGUAUCUCUACAAAUGUACUCAUGGAUGUUUGGAAAUAGAAAUGAUUUUAUUUUACACAUUUAA